UUUAAAGUGGUGCCAGAGCUGUAGUAACUAUAUCUUUGUCAGCGGUCAGCUUUUCUUUUCUUGUUUGAUAUAAACUGCUUUGAAAUAUAAAACCUUUUUAAUGUGAGCUCUGUGCUGUGAUUUAACGACAAUUUCCCAUAAGGCCUCACCGACAAUCAUGAAUUUACAGCAUGCAAAAUGGAGACCAGAGCACCACAGCAAGCGCAGGGAGGACCGUCUGUACAAACAGCUUCUGAAUAAUGCAAGCCAGAUCCUUUCUUUCUCCAAAGAUGUUAUGGACGAGAUGGGGGCCAUUUCAUACAGAAAAGCUGACUUUAGCCGGCUUUUUCAUGCCACAGGCCCCUUAGCACCAGAUAGCGCAUUAAAGAAAAUAAAGAGGCGUGAGAACGGUGAAAUACACUGCAACAUCAAUUGUUUAAACCAAGAAGGUGGUAGAAUUUUAACACAGGCUCCUGCAGUGAACACUAAGGUAUCUUUUAUAAAUCUUAGUGAUCAAAGCAAGAUGUAUGGUGUGUUUAGAAUAACAAAACCGUUCAGGGUGUUAAAUGUGCACACCUGUCUGAAGGAAUCCUCUAUAGAGGAUUGGGAAGCCCAGAACAGCAGGUGGCAGGAGUUUGCACAAAAUAAGAGGAGUCAACUGCUGCAGCUGAGAAAACAACACCGGAUACCAGGUUAUGUGCUCUCUCCAGUGAGCACAGAUGUGCAGAACCGCUUAAAUAAGACAGCAACCGCUGUGACCGCCAAGCACAUUGACAUCCCACAGGCCCCCCGGCUACAGGAUAUCUUGAAUCCACGUGCCGUCGCAAAGAACGUCUCUGAACAAGAGAUCUUCUUAGCAGGAACUGGUAGAAUGGUAAAAGCGAAACAGCAGGGUCUCAGAUCUCCUGACUUCAGCGGACAGGAUCCUGAGACAUUCGAACAAUCUGUGGAUGAACUUUUCACACUUCGCUAUGCAGUUGAUCAAUGGAGGAAUGUCUGCAACGUCAAGUUGCCCUGGCAGAGAAUGACCAUCGAAGGCCUAAAAAGGGCUCUUAGUGACCCUAAUUUCCCAGUGCGGCUGGAGGCUAUCAUAACUUGUGCAUUGGAAGCUGUUAAUAGACCACAAGAAGAGCUUGACCCUGGCAAAGCAGGUCAACAUGGUAAGGGGUGCAAAUUGAAGGCAGAUCCUCAGGAGCUAAAGGCUCUCAUUGUCUCAGCGCUUGAUGACCCAGUGAAGAGAGUUCAGAUGGCUGCUGCAGUGUGUCAGUGUGCCAUGAGGACACCUAAUGCACAUGCCAGAGACAUAUUACGAAGCACUUUGAAGCAAGACCCUUCUGGCACAGGUGCAGACAGCUGGGUGGCGGCACAGUGCUUGGCGAUAGACGGUGAUACGAGUCAAGCUGUCAUACAGAGACUCCUGUCACAGCACUUUCUCAGAGACGCUCCUUCAGAUCACGAGCAGUCUAUGAUGCUUCUCUCCAGCAUCAGCAGCAAGACUACACUAGUGCGCUCUCUUCUGGCAGAAGAGUUAAACAGCGCUAACUGGAGAACACGAGUUCAGGCCUGUACUAGCAUUGCACAGCUCAGAAGUCCACUAAACAAGGAUCUUUGCAACAAACUGAUAUACAUGAUGUGGAACGACUGGAGCUCUGCCGUUCGUCACGCUGCAGCGCUGGCUCUGAGUAAAAUGGAUGCGGCCAGCGAGAUGCACAGUGAGCUGAGCACAAAGCUGGAGGAGGGUCCAACUGCUUGGCGAGUGGAAGCGCUGAUCUUCAUUGGUCAGCUCAAUAUAAUGACACCCAAGCUACUGCCUACUUUCCUGCGGUGCUUUAAUGAUGACUUUGUGGCUGUGCGCAAACAAGCUUGCUUGACUGCAGCAUCUCUAAUGAUGGAUGACCAGUUGGUCCUGGAUCAGCUAAUUUACCUGAUGCAGAAUGAUCCAUUAUGGGAGGUGAAAGUGGAAGCAAUAAAUGCUUUAGGGCAAAUAGGUUGGAUGAACCCUGCUCUCCAGGAGUUGCUGAUGUGGGCUGUACACCAUGAGGAGGAGCCCAGUGUGCGCAUUGCUGCCUGUAAGGCCCUGAGCACUUUAGGUGCAAAGGGCCCAGAGUUACAGCAUUUCCUACAGGAGCGUUAUGCACUGGAACCCAAUGCUGACGUGCAAAGGCAUAUUGAAAGUCUCCUGAAAAAGCAUGGAUACAGUCUGAAGGGAAACGAAAGCAAGAUUCAUGAGAUAAAGCUCCAGGUGGAGCUGUUGUGUACAAAACACAUCAUUACACAGAAAGUGCUCUUAAUGGAAGAGAGGGGAAAGCAGCAACAGCAAGAAUUAUUGUGCUGAAUUCAUGGUUUCAUUUGUCCUACUAUAAAGCCAGAAUCAAAUCUUUUAAGUUG